UGGAAAGCCGCGCAGUUCCCAACCAAGUAUUCUAUUUAGUUUUUAUUACGAAUGUGCCGACUACAACGCCAUCAAAUUGGAAUAAAAGCAUCGGACAUUUAAAGCCAUCUGAAGCCACCUCCUUGGAGACUCCUGCAUUCUCAGAGUGGAUUCAACAUGUGGGAAUAAUUUACAUCAAACAACGCUCCACCACUCAUUCCCACUGGAUCAAACCUGGCAGCGAUGCAGGCUGGUCUUCAGGUAACCAGCAGCACCCCUCUCCAGACCCCUCCCAAGCCCAGGACUGCUGUACUCAGGAACCGACACCCAAUCCUGCUGGAAACUCUCCAGCCCGUCCUGGUCCAGGUCAUCGUCAAUCCUAAGCGAGGUAUGGAAGGACCCCUCCAGACGCCACAGCCCCCCAGGACCUGCAGCUCACCCGGACCUUCUGGGAAGUCCUGCUGGAGCUUGGAUGCCAGGGUGGCCGUGCUUCUGGUGACUCUGGCUGGAGCUGUAAUCCUGCUGCUGCUCUACAAACUCCUGCAGCUGAGACACAGGCUGAAGUUGGCGGGGGCGAGGCAUGCGCUAGAGUACUACAGCUUCUACCACACCGCCACCUACACACUCAAACACGCUGCGUCGCGUCAGGACCUGCCAGGCAAAAACGGGACGGUCCCUGAAGCUACACCACCUGUACAAGUAGUCGUAACCCCGGUGACCCCAACUGUCGUCACCCCGCUUCCACCCCCACCAGUGCCCUCUCCACCCCCACUGCCACUCCCCCCACCUCCUGUCCUGCCUCCGCCACUGCUCCACGCUCCACCGUCCCUCUCUCCAGCGCCUGCUGUCCUGGCCUUCCCUCUCCCGCUGCCUGUGUUCCACACCACCCCACCCAGCCCUCACCUGUCGUGGGGCGCCUGCUCAGACGCAGACGUGUACUCUCGGAUCGGCGCUUUCAGGCCCUCCAGACUCUCCAGUCUCUCCAGCCACUCGAAAGUCAUCCUUUUUGAACACUCGUCCCUCUGA